GUGCGCCGAGAUAUGGAAGACUCUAUCCACCCAAUACUCAGGCAAGGGUAAUUUCAUGCUAAUUGCUCAAAUUGAGGGGAAGAUCAGUCGGCUGCGCCAAGGCGAUGACAUGUCAGUGAUGGCAUAUGUAGCAGAGCUGCAGGCUUUGUGGGCAGAGCAGGAUAACUGUGAUCCUCUGGAACUCUAUGAUGCGGCGUGCAUCGAGUCAGGGCGCAAGUGGAUUGCACGCAGGCGCGUGCUGAAACUGUUGGAAGGCCUCAAAGGUUGCUUUCAUGGCAGGGGGCUUCCCUGUUGCACCAACCUCUCCUGCCAACUAUUGAGGAGACUAUUGCAACAAUGUCUCAAGAGGAGGUGAGGCUAUCUCUUGCGCAUGCAAACGUGAAGUUUGUGCUGGCUUCGACAUUUGCAGUCACUGAGCGCAUGGAGUGGGGAGAUCCCAACAAAUGUCAUAUUUGUGGGGAGGUAGGUCAUUGGAAGAGGGAAUGUCCAACUCGUGGUAGAGGCAGGGGAUACAACAGAGGGGGCACUGGCAGAGGAAGGUAUGCUCCAGGCAGAGGUGGAUACCCAUGGAACUCAGGGGGUCAACUUUCUAGGGGCAGAGGUGGCUACUCAGGAAACUCAGGGGGCAGGGCGCAUAUGGUAGUUGAAGAGGACACUGGGACGUCACAGGGCAAGGGAGUUGAUGAGGCUGCCUAUGGAGACUUUGCUCACUGGGCCUCCACUGAUGAAGGAGCGACAGACGAGCCAGACGGUUGGGACUGGCACCAGGCGUAGGGGGCUCUGGUACAUGGACCAGGAGGUGCAACCGGACUUGGUGUGUGUUGCGACCAUGGAGGACAAGGAGAAGCAGGCGAUGAUCCAUCAUUGUAGAAUGGGUCAUGUAUCUUUUGAUAAGAUGAGUAGAAUCUUUCCGGAUGUUAUGUGUGGAAUAGGCAAGGGCAAGUUGACAUGUGAUGCUUGCGAAUAUGCAAAACACACACGAGCCUCAUAUGUGAGUAAGGGGCUUAGGAGCAUAUCUCCUUUUAUGCUCAUUCAUUCGGAUCUAUGGACUAGCCCAGUAGUGUCAAUGAAUGGAAAGAAGUAUUUUGUUACCUUUA